UUUCGCAGUGCCUGAUGCGCCAUGGAUGCGCAGGGUCCAGCUUAAUGAUUUAUGCCGAAACGAGAUAUUUGGAGUCACGGUCCAGCAACGCAUGGACGUGGUGUCAUAUGUGCUGCUCUGAAGAGCGUGAAUAUUUCAUGAUGGAUGGACGUCCGGAAAAGUAUAAAGAGGGCUGAAGAAGUCGGCGAAAGGUAGGAGAAUAUUUCAGCGCAUCAGUUCAUCAGAGCACCAAAGCAUCAAAGCAUCAAAGCAUCGCAUCAGUCAAUCAAUCUCAAAGUCUAUCCAGUCUUAUAUCAAGCUUUCAUCAACUACCACAACACAACCACCCCCACCAACCAUUACCACCUCACCACCAUCUAAACCCAAACCAACCAACCAGACUCGCAAUGGAAUCAGUCACCCUCCAAUACCUCUCCCGCCCCGACGCCAUGGACCACAAAACGGCCACCUUCCCUUCCACCUCCCAACCCUCCUCCGGCACCUCCACUCCCACCCUCGCCGGUUCCACCAAGUCAACCUCCUCCCUCAAAUCCACGCUGAGGUACGUGGCCCGCAAAGCCCGCGAGCAUCAUCACAGCGUCAAUGAGGCGUAUAUGACCUACUACGGCGCCAGGACGUAUAGCCUGGACGAGAGUCGGCAGGGGAGCGUUGCGUAG